AUGGACAACCCUCACGACUACCUCAUAACUACGUCGCCUCGUUCCAGACCGGUAGAUCCUGACAAUGCCACUAGCUGGGUCAUGCUCAACCAGUCGGGCUUCGUCAAGCUCGGUAAUGAACGAAUCCUCCAGAAGCUUGACUCCCGCAUAUCGUGCGAGCUGUCGGUGCCGACAGAGCUGAAGACGAGAUGCGCACAAUUCCAUCGCAAGAGUGAUCGUGGGACAUUGUUUCUCACAAACAAGAGGAUUGUCUACCUACCUGCCAAGCGAGAUCAGGAACCCAAAUUCGAGUCAUUCAGCGCCCCCAUACUCAAGUUUCAAGACUCGACUACCUCUUCGUCUAUGUGGUGGGGCUGGGUCUGGAAGUCGGACUGCAUUCCCGUCUCCGGCGGUGGCAUCCCCCCCGAUAUCCCACGUAUAGAGGUCCGCUUCACCUUUUCCGACGGUGGCAUGAUGGAUUUCAACGAGACGUACAUCCGUCUCAGGGAGAGACUAUAUCAAUUUCAUGAGAUGCGACGAGAGAUGGGUGCCGGUGCCGAUGUCCCGGACGAGCCUCUUCCCGCCUACGAGGAGCAGCCUUCCUCCUCGACGACGGGUCCGCAAUCAAUAGCAGCACCCGCGUCGGCGGCUUCGGCAGCAGCAGCGAUUCAGAAUGCCCAGCCCCAGACGGCACCGAGCACGGCUGGCCGGAGACCCGAUGAGCCGCCGCCUGGUUAUGACGAAGCUCAGGCUCAACAGAUUAGUAUACAACUGGAGGACCAUAUUCGUGACGGAGCCAACCGCGGAGACAAUGCGUAA